UAUAGCUAACAUAUAUAAAAAAAACAUUUGAGAAUUUGCUGAAAUCGGCAACUGGGCAUGAGUUGUUUUGUGGAAAUCGACGGCUCCUACUUGGAAGGCGGCGGACAGGCACUGCGCAAUGCUUUAACCCUGAGCGUAAUACUAAAUCGUCCGGUGCGUGUGGUCAAGAUACGUGCCAAUCGUCCAAAGCCGGGUCUAUCCCAUCAGCACCUGCAUGGCGUUAAUUUGCUGCGCGACAUUUCGAAUGCCGAGGUCAACGGCAAUACGUUGCACUCCACGGAACUGACGUUUACGCCGCGAACGAUCGCCGGCACCAUGUACAAGGUGGACACACGAACCGCCGCCAGCAUAACACUUAUAUAUCAGAUGGUUAUGCCGGUGCUGCUAUUCAGUGGCACCUCGUCACGCAUCGAUGUCACUGGCGGCACAAACGUAUCGUUUGCCCCGCAAGUGGAAUAUAUGCAGCAAGUGCUGCAGCCGAAUCUGAAGCGUUUCGGCGUUAGUUUUGAUCUCAAGGUGCUGCAUCAUGGCUUCUAUCCACGCGGCAAUGGCCGUUGUAUGCUUGACCUGGAGCCGCUGCGCUCACUGAAUGCCGUUCAAUUAAAUGACUUCGGCCAGUUCCGAUCAGUCAAAGGUGCCGCCUACUAUGCCGGCCGUUUGCCAAAGUGCAUUGCCUUUGAUAUGCAGCAUUCGGCGGAGCGUGAAAUACAUCGCCUCUGGCCGGAUCACGAGUGCAAUAUACAGGUGUUCAAGCAUCCGCCGGACAGGGCGCGCGAUAACGGUGCCGGCAUCAUACUGACCGCGCUAACCAGCUCCGGCUGCGUGGUGGGUGCGGCCACUGUGGGCGAAAAGAACAUCGAUGGUCAUUUGAUUGGCUCGAAUGCCUCCUGUGAACUGGCCGGCUACAUUAAGAACGAGAUCUGUGUGGACACCCACAUGCAGGAUCAGCUAAUCAUUUAUAUGGCCCUGGCCAGCGGUUGCUCGCGCAUCCGUGCCGGCGCACUGACCAAGCACACACGAACAGCCAUUUAUGUGGCUGAGCAAAUGGCUGGCGUCAAGUUCAUCAUUGAGUACGGCAAUUUUGGCCAAACGCUCAUCAGCUGUGAGGGCAUCGGACAGCGGAAUGCAUAUAUGUAAGGGCGGACGGACACACGCACACGCA